AUGCGACCGCCUCAUUCUUCCCCAGUUUCAGAUUUUUUUGCCCUAACUCUCUCUAUCUCUCUCUGCCGUCACCUCAGCCCACUACUCUGCCGGAAUUUAGACCGGGCCGCCACAACCUUCGAACCCCGGAGCUUCCCAACCGUCACCAUCGAGCAUGCCGCCGGAAUUUGCUCGAUUUUCACCAAAUCUUCGCCAGUUUCGUUCUCUCUCCUCCGGCCCCUAAAUCCGACACUUGAGAUGUCAGACCUGAUUAGACGUCGUAGGGCGGUGACGACUGCACAGAGUUUGGAGCCCCCGGCUCAGCCAGCAUCUGCUGCCACUGUGCCAGCACCGAUGGACCACUUGGCAGUUGGUCCCGUGGGGUCCCAGGCGCCUGCUUCAUCGACUUCAUUAGUGGCGCAGCCUGCGUGGCUUUACGCUCAUUUUCAGGCGCCCGAUUCUGUUAAUAAAGCCAAAGUCAAUAAGGGCAAUACGAAGAAGAAGACUCUUCUCCACUAUUCAGGCUCCAAGCCCUUCUCAUAUAGGAUGGAUGCACGGCGGCGGGGGGGGUCUAAAUUCCUAGAGAUCGACGUCUUUGGCGACGUUUAUGUUCGACCUGGGAAUGAGUUGGCCGAGUCCCUUCAUAUGACGAUGGUGGAGAGAAGCCAGUUGGUUCUUCAGGAGUCCGCCUCCCAACUUCCUCCCGAUACUCUGAUCGAGUCUGUGGAUCCUCCACAGGAUGCUGGGCUGCAGAUCUUGACAGAGACGUUGGAUCAGACUCUCGGGAGGAGGCCGGGGACAUAUUGUCGAGGGAUAGGGAAUGCCCGGCGGAGGGACCCCAUACCUCGUUCAUCAGCGCAGUUAAACAGUCAGGUGACUGCUUUGACAGCACAAGUGGCCACUCUUCAGAGUUAG